AUGACAGAAAUAGUAUCACAAACGAAUGAAAAUGAUGCAUCAAUAUUUUCAUCACUUCAUUGUGUUCUUUCGCCAAUAUCAAAAGCAGCUGGUUCUGCAACGUUUACACUAAGUGAUUCAAUAUGUACAUGUCUUGUCAAUGGACCUGGUGAAUUACGACAACAACAAGAUGCAACUAAUCGUCUUCAAGUUGAUAUUACAUUUCAAGCGCGUCCAGGUAGUAACAAUACAAAUGCAACAGCGACGAAAGAUAAACUUAUCGAGCAAUGGCUUGAAACAUUAAUUCAUUCCACUGUUUUAACUGAACAUUAUCCACGUUCACAAAUAAAUAUUGUUAUGUAUGAAGAACAGAAUCUAUCGGGCGAAGCAACCAUACUUGCAUGUCUAUGUAAUACACUUUGUUUAACAAUGCUGGAUGCAAAUUUACCAAUGAAAUAUGCUUUCGCUGCUGUGCCCAUUGUUCAACACCCAACAAAAGGUCUUUUAUCAUUACCAAAUUCAAAAGAUGAAUUAGCAUCAACAAGCUAUUUUGUAUUUGUAUUUGAAAUAACAUUAAAUGAUAUAUUAGCGAUGCAUGCAAGUGGAAACUUUGAUAUGAAAACACUUGAACAAGCAACAAUUAUUGCUAAGCCAAUAGCUAGACAAAUAUUUCAAUUUUACAGACAAGAACUUGAAAAAAGAUUGUCCUAG